GUAAGCAAAACACCGAAAAACGUGUUAUUUCAACACUUGGCAAAAAUUCCUGCAGCAGCAGUAUUAUUUAUGUGAUGGCUAAUUCAAAUUUUUCAACUGUUGAUGACGAUAAAGAAAAUGAUGCGGAAAUGGAAGUAGUUAAUGAUGAUGAGAGUGAUGAGGAAGAAACAAAUACCUCUGACGACGAAACUGAAAAUGCUACUUCUCGGGUAUAUCUCCCUAAUAAUGAAAAUAAUGAUGAUGUUGAAUUAGAGUGUGACGAAUCUGCGUAUAUUUGUUAUUAUGCUGUCAAGACAGGUUCUCCUUGUCUAAGCUUUGACAUCAUCCCAGAUAAUCUAGGAGAAAACCGAGCUGAUCAGUUUCCUUUGACUAUGACACUUGUUGGUGGAACUGAAGUGAAAAAAAUCCGUAACAAUAAUUUGUUAGUGAUGAAAUUAUCUAAUAUGCAAAAAAAUAAGCCUCCAAAAAGUGACAAUGAGGAAGAUGAAGAAUCUGAAUCUGAAAGUGACGAUGAAGAAGAUAAUAAACCAGUUUUAGAAACUGCUGCAAUAAAACAUGCAGGUUGUGUCAACAGGGUUAAGGUGACAAAUCUGGGUGAUGAGGUAUUUGCAGCAUCUUGGUCUGAACUACAAAAAGUCCAUAUUUGGAACUUAUCCCGACCUUUGAAUGCAGUGAAUGAUAAACGAGUAAUGGCUGCAUAUGUGCAAAACAAUGAAACUGUUGAACCAGCUUACACUUUCUCUGGUCAUCAAGCAGAAGGCUUCGCCAUGGAAUGGUCACCUUUAGUACCAGGAGUACUGGCUACAGGUGAUUGCAAAAGUAACAUCCAUUUAUGGAAACCCCUUGAAGGAGGAAGUUGGCAUGUUGACCAACGUGCUUACAAAGCUCAUACAGAUUCUGUUGAAGACAUUGCUUGGUCACCUAAUGAGAACAAUGUAAUGGCUUCCUGUUCUGUUGACAAAAGCAUCCGCAUCUGGGACAUCCGGGCUGCGCAAAAUAAAGCAUGCAUGUUGACAAAAAAUGACGCCCAUGAUUCUGAUGUCAAUGUCAUCAGUUGGAAUAAAAGUGAUCCAUUUAUUUUGUCUGGAGGAGAUGAUGGUCGCCUUAGAGUGUGGGAUCUCAGGCAGUUUCCAGCAUCAGAAGCCAUUUGUACCUUUAAAUAUCACAUUGCUCCCAUCACCUCUGUGGAGUGGCAUCCAACAGAUCAUUCGGUAUUUGCUGCAUCUGGUUCUGAUGAUCUUGUGACGCAGUGGGACUUGGCAGUGGAGCGAGAUGAUACAGAACAGGAUGAAACACUGAAGAAUCUUCCACCGCAGUUACUUUUCAUCCACCAAGGUCAAAAAGAGGUUAAGGAAGUGCAUUGGCAUAAGCAGAUGCCUGGUGUGUUAUUGUCCACAGCACAAACAGGACUUAAUGUUUUUAGGACAAUUAGUAUAUAAAAUAUUAUUUAAUAAAAUUUGUUAUAUUUUA